AUGGAGAAGAUCUGCUGUUUCUGCAACAAGCGCUUCGCUAAUGGCAAAGCCAUGGGCGGACACCUGAGAUCUCACUACGCCAAACAUCCUCUUCCUCCAAAACCUAACCCGCUCCCUCACCAACCGCAGCACCCCAAAUCCCCUCCAUCUCCUUCUUCUUCUUCCAUGCACUCCUACAGAUCACAGAACAACCAUGAACUCAUCGCCGUAAUCACUGAUCAUCCUCGUCCUGCAGCUUCAGUCAUGAUCAAAGGUGGAGACACCGGGAGCGAAUCCCCAAGGAGUGGCCUGAUCACUUGCAGACGAUCCAAACGACGCCGCACCGUUGAAUCUGAAUCAGUCACUGGAGUGGCAGUUGAAUUGGCAGAACAGGCUAGUUCUGAUUCCGAAAUUUGUUUGGUAGAUGAAGAACGAGAGAAGACUCCUACCACUGCUACUAAGAGAGGGAGUUACAGGUGCAAUACUUGCAAGAAGCUUUUUAGAUCUUAUCAAGCUCUGGGUGGACACAGGGCUAGCCACAAGAAGAUGAAAGGGAUUGUCAUUAAGGACGAAGAGGCGGAGUCGGAGGAUGAAGAGGGAAGUGGAAGUGGUGGUGGUGCUGAUGAAGUUGUUGGUGGAUUCAAGUGUCCAUUUUGUGACAAAGUGUUUGAGUCUGGUCAAGCACUUGGUGGGCACAAGAAGGUGCAUUUUUCCUACUUACCUGUAGCUGCGCCUGCACCUGCACCUGCAGCAGUGGGAAAUUCUGCAAAAUCUGGUGGGGUAUGCUUGGAUCUUAAUCGCCCAGCAGAUGAAUUAUCUGAUGGAGAAGUUAGCAUUGGAACCGCGAUAGAGGCAGCAGAAGCAUACUGUUGUAAAUACAUUGUGCUGCUCCAUUUGUAA